AUGUCAGCUUCCUUCGCCCACUUCAUGCUCCUCGCCGUCGCCCUGGUUCUGGUUGCGUUCGCGGCGAGUUUGCCGCCGGCGGCCGCGGAGGACACCAUCCUGGGCCACAAGUGCGGCAUGCCGGCGGCGGGCAACAACGCGAGCAGCGACGCCUACAGGUCCAACCUCAACGCGCUCGCCGCCAUCCUCGUCGCGGGCGCGAGGGCGAACGGCUCGGCCGCCGGCGCGGUCGGCGCGGCGGCGGCGCCCGACGCGGCAUACGGCGUCGCGCUCUGCCGUGGGGACUUCACGGGCGACGCCUGCGCCCGGGGGCUCGGCGACGCGCUCGCCAGCGCCGUCAACGACUCCGAGAGCGCCUUCGGCUGCGGCCGGCAGCUCAGGGACGUGACGCUCUUCUACGACCGGUACCAGCUGCGGUUCUCCGGCGCCGACUUCCUCUCCGGCGACGGCGACACGCCGAAGUGGGCCGGGAACAACACCAACUUCGUGAAGCCCGCCGACGCUGCGCGGCGGUUCGACGGGCUCGUCAGCGAGCUGGUGAACAAGAUCGCCGAUAUCGCCGCGGGGAGGCCGGACAGGUACGCGACGGGGCGGUCGCGGUUCCAGGAGCAGGGCCUGACGCUGUACGGCCUGGUGCAGUGCACCGUGGACAUGCCGCCGGAGCGGUGCCGGGCGUGCCUCGACGGCCUCAUCUCGGCGUUCCCGGCGACGUUUCCCAGUGGCCAACAUGGCGGGAGAAUCCUAGUGCCGCGGUGCACCGUGCGGUACGAGACGGAUGACACCUUCUUCAACACUGCCAACUUGUCAGUCGACCUGCACAAACCCAAACCGAGCAAAUCUUGGCUCUGGGCGACCAUACCGGUUGUCUCUGUAUCCCUGUUGGCUGCAAGCUUUCUUCUGUACAGGUGGAUCAAAAUACGAAGAAAAAGAGAACUUGCUCGGUUGGAGCUUUUUAGGUUGUCUAUUGCUGUGAAAAGUGUGAUCAAUCUCUGGAGAAUGGAAGAAGGCAACUCAGGGUUUUCGCUUUACGAUUUCUCUCAGAUGAAAGGCGCUACUAAUGGUUUUUCGAUUGAAAACAAACUUGGACAAGGUGGUUUUGGUGCUGUCUAUAAGGGUCUGUUGCCUGAUGGGCUUGAAAUUGCAGUGAAAAGACUUGCUCCCUGUUCUUCGCAAGGUUUGCUAGAGUUCAAGAAUGAGAUCCAGCUCAUUGCAAAGCUUCAGCACCGAAAUCUAGUCAAGUUGUUGGGCUGCUGUAUUGAAGGGGAGCACGAGAAGAUUCUGGUGUACGAGUACAUGGCAAAUAAAAGCCUAGACCUCAUCAUCUUCGACAGUAAAAAAGGAGUGCCACUGGACUGGCCUAAACGUCUGAAUAUAAUCGAUGGGAUAUCACAGGGGCUUCUUUACCUCCACAUACACUCACGCCCCUGCGUUGUCCAUAGGGAUCUCAAAGCCAGCAACAUUCUCUUGGACAACGAGAUGAACCCCAAAAUUUCAGAUUUUGGGAUGGCUAGGAUAUUCAGCUCUAGCGUGGCCGAGUCAAACACCACAAGAAUCGUAGGCACACAUGGCUACAUAGCUCCAGAGUAUGCCUCGGAUGGAGUCUGCUCGGUCAAAUCUGACGUCUUCAGCUUCGGCGUCCUGCUCCUGGAGAUCAUAAGCGGGACGAUGACCACUGGGUCCUACAGAUACGAUGGCAAACUGUACAAGCUCAUCGCAUAUGCUUGGCUGCUCUGGAAAGCCGGGCAAUGGCACGAACUGGUCGAUCACUGUUUACUAGGGAAUGAGAGAUACCACUUCACGAUGGAGAGGUACGUCCAUGUGGCCCUUCUCUGCGUUCAGGAGGGCGCGGACGACCGCCCCGCCAUGGAUGAGGUCGUCAAGAUGCUGAGCAGCGGCGAGGGCGUGGUCCUCCCGGAGCCGAAGAAACCGGCGUACUUCAAUGUGCGCCCCGUGGGCACAGAAAUGUCCGCGUCCUGCGACAUGGGCAUCAGCAUAACCUUGUCGAGAUAGCAUCAUCAGUUGCUGUGAUGGUACAUAUGUUUGUAUGUACGAUUGUAUAGUAGCACACUGACACCCAACGUUUAGACUGUAGAAUGCUCUCCUAUCUGUUCCAUUCACAAUUUCACAUGCUGUGUUCAAAGCUUCAAAGGCACUU